CCCGGCGGAGCUGAUUUAUGCGGCUGCAGCUCCGUCGGGGGCGGCCGCGGGCAGAGGCUUGGAACAAAAGCCCUUUGUCCCGGGCCGGCCGGGCGGGGGCUGGGGCGCGGGCAGCCGAGCCGGCCCCCGCGCGCUGGCUCCGGGGCUCGCUCUGAAUGAAGCGGGACCGCCCGCCGCUGCCCUCCUCCGCCGCCGCCGCCGCCGCCGCCGCCGCGGGGCCCCGGCCGGGCUGAGCCCGCCGCCCCUCUCCGCCCCCGCCGGCCCCCGCCUCCGCCUCGCCUUCGCGCUCCGGCCAAGCUCCCGAGCCCAUUGUGCGAAGCGCCCGGAUUCCUGCGGUCGCCCUGACAUGCUGUGCCCCGCUCGGGCCCUGGCCCCGCUCCCGCUCCCUGCCAAGAGGGCGCCGCGAGGCACCGACCCCUGCCGCAGCCGGGAAGCAACGCGGGACUGAAACUUGGCCCCGAAGGACUUCCCCGCCGGGUUGUCCCGGCCCGAGGCGGGAGACGAGCCCCGAAGCUUGAAGGCAGCGGCCGGGAGGGGCCGCCCGCCGGGCGCUGCUAGCGAUGUGGGGCUCGGCCCUGGCGCUCUGGACCGCCGCCGGCAUGAUGUGCCUGCAGAAGGGCCGCCCAGCUCCGGGGCCCGUGCUGGGAGCCGCCUGCCUUAUCUCCGUGGCUUUCGGACUGGGACACAGCAGCGAAGAGAACAGAUGUACCAGCUCGAAUGCAGCAACAUGUACCAAGUGCCUGGGGCUGGGUCCGGAGUGUGGAUGGUGUGCCCAAGAGGAUUUCAUGGCUGGAGCAGCAGCGAGUGAACGGUGUGACAUUGUUUCCAACUUAGUAAGCAAAGGCUGCUUGUCCGAUUUUAUAGAAUCCCCUUCGGUUGCUGUGACGAUACCCACGGGAGGUGAAGUGAAUACUCAAGUCAGCCCUCGGGAGGUGCUCAUCCAGCUGCGACCAGGAGCUGAAGCUAGUUUUAUGCUGAAAAUCCACCCCCUACAGAAAUACCCUGUGGAUCUUUAUUAUCUCGUUGAUGUCUCAGCCUCCAUGCACAAUAAUAUCGAAAAACUAAACUCGGUUGGAAAUGACUUAUCUCAGAAAAUGGCACCUUUUUCCCACGACUUUCGACUCGGAUUUGGAUCCUACGUUGAUAAAACAGUGUCUCCCUAUAUUAGCAUCCACCCUGGCAGAAUCCACAACCAGUGCAGCGAUUACAAUUUAGAUUGCAUGCCACCUCAUGGCUACAUUCACGUGCUGUCUCUGACAGAGAACAUCACGGAGUUCGAGCGAGCGGUUGACAGACAGAAAAUCUCAGGGAAUAUCGAUACACCCGAAGGCGGUUUUGACGCCAUGCUCCAGGCGGCAGUUUGCCAGAGUCAUAUUGGUUGGCGCAAGGAAGCUAAAAGAUUGCUUCUUGUGAUGACAGAUCAGACUUCUCACCUUGCCCUUGACAGCAAACUUGCAGGGAUCGUGGUGCCAAAUGACGGAAAAUGCCAUCUAAAAGACAACGUCUACGUGAAGUCCACAACCAUGGAGCAUCCCUCACUGGGUCAACUUGCAGAAAAAUUAAUAGACAACAAUAUUAAUGUUAUUUUUGCAGUCCAAGGAAAACAGUUUCAUUGGUACAAGGAUCUCCUGCCCCUCUUACCUGGCACCGUGGCUGGCCAAAUUGAAUCAAAAGCAGCAAACCUCAACAACUUGGUGGUGGAUGCCUAUCAGAAACUGAUUUCCGAAGUGAGAGUUCAGGUGGAGAAUCAGAUACAAGGAGUCCAUUUUACCAUCACAGCCAUCUGUCCUGAUGGGAGCAGACAUACAGGGAUGGAAGGAUGCAGAAAUGUGACCAGCAGCGAUGAAGUUCUGUUUAAUAUCACUGUGACCAUGGACAGAUGUGAUAGAGCUGGUGGGAGAGAUUAUGCCAUCAUCAGGCCUAUUGGUUUCAACGAAAGUACCAAAGUCCACAUCUAUAGGAACUGUAGCUGCCAAUGUGAUGAUGGUAGAAGCCCCAAACAGAAAUGCGUAGAUGAAAGUCUCUUAGAGCCUACUUGUCCCCAAUGUGAUGGUGACAAGUGCCAAUUUGAUGAAGACAAAUCUCCUCUAGACAGUUGCAAGGCACAAAAAAACCAGCCCAUUUGCAGUGGUCAAGGUGUCUGCAUAUGUGGGAAAUGUUUCUGUCACAAAACUAAACUUGGAAAAGUAUAUGGAAAAUACUGUGAAAUGGAUGACUUUUCCUGCCCAUAUCACCAUGGAAACCUGUGUGCUGGGCAUGGGGAAUGUGAAGGAGGUCGAUGCAAGUGCUUCCAUGGUUGGGAAGGAGACCGUUGCCAAUGUCCAUCCUCCUCUGCCCAACAUUGUGUCAAUUCCAAGGGCCAGGUGUGCAGUGGGAGAGGGACUUGUGUGUGUGGGAAGUGCGAAUGCACCGAUCCUCGGAUCGUUGGCCGUUUCUGUGAAUAUUGCCCCACCUGUGAUACAGCCUGUGAUGAAAAUCGGAAUUGUGUCCAAUGCCACCAUCCUCACAAUUUAUCUCAAGCUAUACUUGAUCAAUGCAGAGGCUCGUGUCCUCCAAGAGCCCAUUAUAUUGGCCAAAUAGAAGAAUGUUUCUCUAGCCCAAGCCACUUUCGAAUAUUUUUCAUCAUCUUCAUCAUCACCUUCCUUAUUGGAUUAUUGAAGGUUCUCAUCAUCAGACAGAUCAUCCUCCAGAGGACCAGAAAUAAAGUGAAAUCUGCCAGUUACAGAGUGUCCACAUCAAAGAAGGAUAAGAUGUUUCUGCCUGCAGUUUGCACGCACACGGUCACGUAUCGCCGUGAUAAACCCGACGAGAUAAACAUCGACAUCAGUAAAUUGCACCCUCAUGAAACUUUUAAGUGCAACUUCUAAAGGAAUGGGGGCUCCAUUAGAAACUUUCUCCACGACCAACUCCUAAAAAGAAGUCUUCACAUUGAAAAGUCGCAGGAGAUGCCCAAACGUUCUUCAGUCACACCGUUAGUGGCAGAAAGUUCUGCUAGAGACUGCUGUGCUUCCAUAUUGUGACGUGGCCGUUGGAUGUGAUAGCUGCUGAUUUUUUGAAAGAGAAAUGUGGCUUACUACUGUUCGAGACUAGUGUUGUCGUAGCACUUUAAUGUAAUAUAUAACUUAUUUAGUUACAGCAUAGAAUGUAGAUCUGAACAGCACUGAUCUCACU